AUGAAGAAGAAAGGCGGCAAGAGCGCCUCCUCCGGUCCUCACUUCCCUUCCCUCUUGAAGGGUCAGGACGUUGUCAAUCUUGCCACUCAGGCUCACGGCAAGAGUGAUCUAGUUAGAGCUUGUGCUGAAAACGAGAACCCCGAGACCGCUCCGGAGGGUUGGUUCUGCAAAUCAAAGAUCCUGUCAAGUUAUCUAGCAAACUUACCUAGAGCUCUCUACAGGAAGCUACAGCAUAGUCCUAACACUUGGGUAGCUUACACUACUUCGAGAGUUGGAUCAGCUAGGUUCCCUGAACGGUACCAAGCGUCCUUCCCUGAUUCAGUGACGGUUGCUGGUUUAGAAGUUUCUGAAGGUGAUUCCAUUCUCGAAGUUUCCUCCGGAGCAAGUACUUCUUCGAAGACUCAAUCACAGAAGAUGCCAAUUCAACCUUCCUUCCGUUCCAGGGGUAGAUCGACCAAGGCUGCCAGCUCCUCUAGAGGGAGUGAUAAGAACCAGGGGGGAUCCUUCCUCGACUCUGUGAAGGAGGUUCUUGAUGAAGGAGGCUCUGCCCCUGCUAAAGGUGUCGUCUCUUCGGAACCCAAGGUUCAGGAAGUUGGCCUUCCCUCCGAGGUCCCGAUGACUGAAGCUGAUCCUCAAGUAAUGAGGGACCCUCCGGAGUCUGAGCCCCCGAGGAACAAGAGGUCCCGAACCGACCAGAUUGAUAGACCUUCGAGGUCUUCCUCCUCCUCCUCUAGAGGAGGAACUGUUGGCUGGACCUUUUCUCAUUCAAAGCCUGGAUCGCUGGCUGGAGCUAUAACAGAGCUCAAUUCAAGUUUGAGGACGCUGUACACAAUGCUCCUAGCGCUGAGGAAUUAG